AUGGAAUUGAAGUCGUCUUCGCUUUUUUUUUCUCGAAAUGAACAUUUGUAUGAAAAUGUCAAAAGUCAAUUGAAAGCUCAACUCGCAAAUGUGACUAUUAAAACCUCCGAAAAAAUAAACAAAACAUUUACGAUAAGCACAGUUCGGUCCAUAACUGUGAGUAAAACACUUUUUAUUGCAUUAAAACCGCACGCAAUAUUUAUAAAGCUUCGUCGUGCUGCCCCAACUUUGUGUCUAAUGCUUUGUUCUGCUGCUUCACAAUUGCGAAAAAAUAUAAUAAAGAAAAAAAUAAACUCAUCCGCAAACGAUGAUGCUAUUUAUGGCAAAGACGAACAGAUUCAACUUUGUGUGGCUUUAAAAAGAUGUUUUGCAAUUCAAGUUUUAUUUUUAAGAAAUAAAAAUUCUUCAAAGAGCGCAAAUUGUCUUGGCAAACAACCAGACACGGACAAUAAAUUGGGACAUAGAAAAAAAUUAAUAUUGAGCUUAUGA